AUGACGGAUCAUCCGUUAUCAUUAUCAUCUUCAGUACCAACAUUAGUUGAAACAAAAUCUGAUCGUUAUAGACUGCGAGUUCGUUUCAAUCGACUGUCAAAAGAACGACGAUUACUUGCUGGUUUAUUGAUUCUAUUCGCUGUUAUUAUGUGUGGUCUACUUGUUGGUAUUUUUAUUCUAUCAUGGACAUUUCAAGGACGAACUUCGAUUAUUUAUCGAGAAAUAAAUUCAACUGAUAUUGGUACUACUACUAUUACCAUUGGAGUGGCUCGAUAUGGUGAAUCAUGUGAUAAUGAUACUAAUUGUGAACAUCCAUUCGUAUGUUAUAAAAAAGGUUCAUCAAUACCGGGCAUGUGUCGAUGUCCAAUGAAAUAUGAUUUUGUCAAAGAUCAAUGCAUUGGUGAUCUGAAUGCUUUGUGUACAAAAGAUACUGAUUGUCAACGAUAUAUGUCAUGUUCGGGUAUGAAAGAUGGAACACGUCGAUGUCAAUGUCAAACACAAUUUAAUUAUGAUGAUGAAAGAAGACGAUGUCGUGGUGAUUAUGAAGCUCCAUGUGAGAGUAAUAUUGAUUGUCGAACAAAUCUUGUUUGUAAUAAAACAAAUGUAUCAUCAUUUUGUUCAUGUGAUUCACAUUAUAAUUAUCAUCCGUCAGGACGUAAAUGUCGUGGUAAUCCAGGUGCUGUUUGUGAUCGAUUGACAGCUGAAUGUGUUGAUAAUGCUGAAUGUCGUGAUGGAGCAUGUGAAUGUUCAAAUCAGUUUGUACCUGAUGAAAAUAAAAUAUGCAUUGAUCCAUGUCCAGUAAAAAUACAACAUCAAGCACGAAUUCGUUAUCCAGGCAAUUGUCGACGAUUUAUUGAUUGUCAACAUAAAUCAAAAACAGAAUGUCCAGAAAUGACAAUAUUUAAUUUACAUACUCAACUUUGUGACUAUCCUAAAAAUGUAUUCGAUUGCCGAUAG